GUGACGUAGUCCUUACGCGACGCGAGACGUUAGCCGCGCUUUAUCCGGGAAAAUUCAAACGAGUUUACAUGGAUUUUGAUGGGAACAUGAACCACUGUGAGGGUGUAAACAUUUAAUCUGACUUUUCUCUAAUACAAUAAUGUAUCAUCCACUACAAGACUAUUUCAUACCUCCUGAAGCCCCUAAGUCUGGUGACAUGAUCACUCCAGUCAAAACCAUACCUAAAGCAACUCACAAUUGGCUAACUGGGUCAGGCAGAAAGAUUUCAAACCGAGAUUUGUUGGUGAUGAACUCCACCGCACAGAAUGCUGAAGAAAAUUCCCCAAAUAUCCCAUGUGAGCUCAGCAGUAUCAACGCCACGGUGGAAGUCCCCCUUCAAGACAAAGCUGACUUGAUGUUGAAGAGGUGCACUGAGACGCCUGCAAAGAUUUUUGCAAGAAUGAAGGCAAAAGUUCAGAGACUAAAUUCUGCAGGGCACGGGACAGCCUCUGAUCAUGUAAGAAACCAUGAGAUGUGUGCCGGCACCCCCUCGAACCCUGCAACCCAGUACUUGCAAAAGAGUAACGCCAACCAGGAGACAUAUGUGUUAGCCCUCUCACCACCAAAGUCACCAAGAGGAGAUGCACAGCCUGGAGAAAUAGAUUUAGCAAAAGAUAAUCAUUCCAUCAAUCUUCAUAAAGUGCCUGGAAGACAAAACGAAACCUUUAAUAUGGAGUCGGAGUCAUUUACUGAGCCAUAUGUUUUACUGGAGAACAUACCUAAGGAGAUAUUAUCAGAGAUAAAAGCAAGGCAAAAGCAAGUGUCGGAGAAUCUUUUUAACAGAAACAGACAGCCUUGUGUGCUGUUGGACAAGGUGGUUCCUGAUGAGACGUUAGCUCAGCUUCAACGGAAGCCCAUCGCUUAUGUCAGUAGUUCAAGGGACAGAAAUAGAGGUGGUGUUGUAUUUGGUGAGAGGAGCAUUUUAGCAGAAAGAGAAAAUGUGGAAGACCUCCAAAUAGACACGUCUUGUAGUCCUGAGUCUAAUCCGUGUGGUCAGUCUGAGUCUCGGUCGGAGUGCGCAGAAGUGGUCCCUGGACUCCCUCAGCCCCCUCAUAAUCUACUGGAUGAUCCUCUCCUGCAGCUUUCUCCUCGGGUGUUGAUCCCACGAAAGAAAGCAUCUGUGUUUCAGUCAAAACAUCAAGCUAGACAAGCAGACGUAGCUGUAGAUGAAGAAACCAAUAUAAGGGGGAUUCAUUUAAAAGACUGGUAUUUGAAACCUCUCAACAAAGAUCUUAUGGUUGAUGGUAUUCGCAUAGACACUAUGGAAUCUUGGCACAGCAGCCUUAUCACUGAAAGAAUCUCAAGUAAUGUUCUCAAGACAUCAUCUGGCAGAACCUACGUCCUCAUUGGGAAAAUGGCCAAACAUCCUAAUUCAGUGUUUCCAUCAUGGUUUUUGAAGAAGUUUCUUUUUGGGUUUCCAAAAAUGUGGAAGGAGUACCUGGAUCAGUUUAUGAGUGGUCAUACAGGCCCGCAGAAAAGUCAGAAGGACAAAAGCAGUGUCAAACCUCAACAGGCUAAAAAUCAACAGGUCUCUAAAAACUCAACAUCCCAACAUCCCAAAAUUCAGGCCAUUGUAACCUCUCCCAUCACUCCUACUGACAGCGUUCAGCAGGGCAGUGCAAAAGUUUCCCGCAGUGGCCGACUCAUCAAACCACCACUGGAAUACUGGAAAGGAGGAAGGAUUGUUAUGGACUCUGACAUGAAUGUCACUAUCCAUGAGGACUACUCUACCUCACUGCUGUCUACGCCAAAGAAGCCAGUAACUAUGGCAACGUCGCAAAUCACAGAGGAGCAAUCAUCCAGGCCUGUAGCUCUGGGAAGAGGGAGGUGUAACACAUCUAGCAGUGAAGAUGAACUGUCAGUGCCAAUGAGGAGAAUCAAACAGCGUUCCAAACCUCAAAGAAAAGUCCAAUCUCAGAGCAAUCCGAAUCCAAUUGAGAGCACAACACUGAAUAAACCUCCAAGAGCUCAGAAAGGACCCCUCGUUAUGGCCCUCAGCUCUAACUCGGGGCGUGCACUGAAACAAAAAGCUAGUCGACCUCAAAGAACCUCUCUGAGAAAGCAACAGUCUGGAGGAGAGGAAAACACAAUGGGUUCAGAGUCAGAAAUUACGGAAAACACCAAGGUUGAUUUAGUGAGUGAUGGAGCAAUGUCAUAUGAUGAGCAGGAAGCAGGCUUUGAGAAUGACCUGAAGACAAGGCGCAAUAGCAAGGCUUCCCAAAAACAAAUUCAAGAUGAACCAAAAUCCAUAACACACGACAGCAGCUCCUUACGCCGCAGCGCUCGGAUAUACUCCAGAGUCCAAUACUCUACUGACUCAAACAGCUCAUUUGCUUCUCCAGACCCUCCAAAAAGGCAAAGAGGAAAAGGGUCUGUAGAUCGUAAACAGCUAACAAAACCUCAAAAGACUGAGACCUCUGUGAUGCAAGACUCCACCAGUCAUAAGAAACAAAACGAACAGGACUCAGUGAGAUGUUCACGUAGACCAAAAAAGAUCUCGCAGAGAAUCUCUGAUGAUUUUUUGGUAGGAGAUUCUAUUGAUUUUCCCACAGAUGAUGAUGAUGAUGAUUAUGAAGACGAGAGAAGGCGACAUAAGAAGCCUGCACGUGCAUUAUUGUUAAAGAGGACAAGACAAAAGAAAUCUAAAUCUGAGCUUAAAACAAACGGACACCUUGCAUCGUCAGAGGACAUGCAUUCUGAGCACUCAGAGGAUGAGGAAAGUGUUCAACAUGCUGUUUCAAAUAACAGAAGAUCAAAGAAAUCUGAAACAGGAAAAGCAAACACUCAAAGCAAAAAGCCACAAACAGAAAACAGCAAUAUGAAUGAUCAAGAUGAGCUGUUGGAUGGAAAAUGGACUGAAGAAGAGCUACAAAAAUUACAUGAGGCUGUCAACUCAUUACCCAAGCACAAGAGCGGUUACUGGGCACACGUUGCGUAUAUUGUCGGCACUCGUUCGGCUGAAGAAUGUCAGGAGCAGUAUAAUUCCAAUCAGAAGACCAACAAAAGAUCCAGAAAAAGAGCACAGAAGAAACCAGCAGCAACUGAGGAUCCAGGAAAAGAAAUAGUUGAAAUAACUGCUAAAGCUGGAACACUUAAAAGGAGACAGCAGAUGAGGCAUUUCUUGGACCACAUGCCCAAAGAUGAUCAUGAUGAUGUGUUUGCCAACUCACCAAUGCACAAUAAACAAAUUAAGUUGCCUGUGUUUGCUGCAAAUGGAGAAGACGAAGACUUCAGCCUGCUUCAGAACCCUCAGACGCCGAGUUCUAGCAUUUCUACUGCUGCUAAAACCCCUCAGUGUCUGCACAUCAGCCCAGGAAUGCUGGGAUCCAUCAACAAGAAAGACAUGGACAAGUACAUUUUCCAUCUUCAGAAGAACCAGAAGGAACGGAAACGGGGCAAAAAGGCAGCACCGAUGGAAAAGCUUACGCCAACACCAGUAGUCAAGAAGGCACUAAAGAGAUGUGUUGCUGAAGAUGAUGACUUUGUGGUGUGGAAUAUGCUGUCAGAUAAAGAUAUCCCAUCCCAAGCUGAUGAUAGUGAUGAGGAAGAUGAUUAUUUUAUGGAAUACUGCUGAGUUUCAUUAUCAUUGAUGCAUUUGUAAAAUAGAUCUUAAAUCGGCUAGUUUCAGUGCUGUUAAUCCAAGUAUUUUACAAUAUUUUAGCUUCUACUUUUCCAGUUUUUAAGUGCGUUUUUGUUUGUCAAACACCAGUGCUCAUGAAAUGUUUGCUAGCGCUAGCUUACAAAACAACUCAAAUGAAGAUUUUUUUUAUUUGCCUUGUUUCGCCAGUUCUUCCACAAUGCAGUGUUUCUCAGUGGGUUGUAUAUUUUGUUUUAAUUUGAGGUUCAUAAUCUGCUGAUGUUAUACCACAAUUCUAAUGAAUGAGGAUAAACUCAGUAUAAAGAAAUGCAAAAGAAACAUAUUCUAACUAAUUCCUCUGUUGUGAAAGAAACAAAGUGAAAAUGCAAAAUUUUAGAUUAUUUUAUUUGAGUAUACUGUAAAUAAAUAUAUAAGCAAAUGUAUGAACAAAUAAAACGGUUAAAACUUCA